CCACCAGCAGAAGUCUUUACAACCGAGUCCGGAGGCGCACACACCGACAGACACACGCGCGCGCGGACUGAGAGCCCGUUUCGAAACUUGGGGAACUUUUCCAUCGAUCAGCGGACCGGCUUGUUUUCGUUACCCACAUGUGGAGCAGCCUCUUUCUCACCGGAGUUUGUAUUUCAACUUAAACUUUUUUUUUUUUUAAGCUCAUAAGGAGAUCAUCCUCAAAAUUGAUAUACCACCUGAAAAGUUCUUGGGUUAUGCAGCCAUGCUGAUGUAUGAUUAUCCUCUGAAAACAGACAUGGAGACGUCAUUCUACUCGCCAUAUUCAGAGACAUACAGAGUGAUCCUGCCCUCCUCCCAUCUGUACACGUCCCCUCUGCCUGCCUUCCCCUCACCCAACGCCCCAGUCAGCACCCAGAACACCAACACCGCCCAGAUGGAGCCCGUAGAUCUGUCCGUCACCAAACGCUCCUCCACGGCCUCCUCCGCCUCCUCCUUAUCCCCACCGUGCUCCUCAUCCCCGGUAUCCUCACGUAGCUCUCCCUCUCCUCGCUGCUCGCCUCUCCGCUCCUCGCCACCUCACCUGCCCCCCCACACGCCCACACUCUCCUACCCCGCCAUGGUAGCCCCCCUCCUCAGUGGCGGUCAGGGGGUCAUCCAGCCUGGGGUCAUGGUGUCUCCGGUCAUGCUGCCCCUGUCUGUUCUUCUGCCCCCACCGCUCCACCUGCACCAGCCCAUAAUGAUCAGCCCGCCCCUCGCUGCAGAAGAAGAGCACCAUCGUAGCACCAGAGACCAAACAGCCCAUUUUAAGAAGCCCCUGGAGCUGCGGGGAGAUGCCUCUGAGUUGCAUAAGCCAAUCAAAACGGAGCCUCGCCCAGAGAUAAGCCAUGACCCCAUCAGCGGACAUGAGAAGAAACCACCGUCCCUCCGGAUACCACACGAGUACGAGGUGAACAGUCCUUCAGUCAUAGUCCAUUCACGCACACAGCAUCCUCUUCCUCCUGAUUCGCCAGACUCACUCAAAAAGCGCCGGAUUCACCGCUGUGACUUCUCGGGCUGUAAUAAAGUCUACACCAAAAGCUCCCACCUCAAAGCUCACCGCCGAACCCACACAGGGGAAAAGCCAUAUAAGUGCAUGUGGGAGGGCUGCACGUGGAAGUUUGCCCGGUCUGAUGAGCUCACGAGGCAUUUCCGCAAACACACAGGAGUCAAACCUUUCCAGUGUCCAGACUGUGAGCGCAGUUUCUCCCGCUCCGAUCACUUAGCUUUGCACAAGAAGCGGCACCUGUCAUUGUGAGACUGUUCAGUGGUGGACUGCAGCUUUUUGGGAUGGGGUAAACUUUGGGAAUGCACAGGGCCAUGAAAGUGUUUCUCAGGGUGGAAGCUCUUUCGCCUCAUACA